AUAUAUGUUGAUUGAUUCUCCGUCGAAACGCAAAAGUGACGAGCACUACUUUCUCUCUCAUUGAUCAUUUGAUUGUUCUCUUGGGUUCGAUCUUGAUUCUUGACUGGCGACCAAUAGCGAGGAUGUUGGAGAAGAUCGGGUUGCCGGCAAAGCCCUCUAUGAGAGGCAGUAAUUGGGUGGUCGACGCCUCUCACUGUCAGGGUUGUUCCUCGCAGUUCACUUUCAUCAAUCGCAAGCACCAUUGCCGAAGGUGUGGGGGUUUGUUUUGCAACAGUUGCACCCAGCAAAGAAUGGUUUUACGUGGUCAAGGUGAUUCUCCAGUUCAGAUUUGUGAACCAUGUAAAAAUUUAGAAGAGGCUGCACGAUUUAUGGCGGAUUUUUUUUGAUACAUGUAGUUUAAUGAAGUGUGCCUGAGUGAUCUUUAGUUUGAAUUUAAUUGGAUUGUGUUGAUCCCUUUGAACUCUCUUCCUUUUACGUUGUUUUGUUUGCCAAACCGUCAAUAUUUCGAAUAAGAGACGGUUCAGUUGUUUUAGCUUAUCAACAGCACUAAACUUUCAUGACCAUUGUUUUUGUAGUAACGUGAUUGGAUAGCUUUGGCUACUUGAUAUUGAAGGUUCUUAAUUUUUCUUCCAUCAGUCUGUCUUUGGAUUUGAGAACAUUAAUAUGAGAUUUUAGUGUUUUUUGAUAAGUAUGUCAUAGUACUGAAGCAAUUAGGAGGGUUUAGGUUCUUGUAUUUGUGUUAUGAAUAUGUUGAUCAUUUAUAUUUCUGGGCUUUCAGCACCAUUGCCGAAGGUGUGGGGGUUUGUUUUGCAACAGUUGCACCCAGCAAAGAAUGGUUUUACGUGGUCAAGGUGAUUCUCCAGUUCGGAUUUGUGAACCAUGUAAAAAUUUAGAAGAGGCUGCACGAUUUGAGUUGCGACAUGGGAAUAAGAGUCGAGCAGGGAAAGCAUUUUCUGCAGUUGGUUCAAAAAUCUCUAAGAAGAGUGAAGAUGAAAUUUUGAGCCAAAUUCUUCAUGAUGAUGGAAAAGAUUCCUCUGCAUCCGGACAUCAGUCCCACAAUGGCUCAUUUUCCAGUACUCAUGGCGCAUCUAGCUGGGCAUCAUCUUCGAACAUUCAAGAAGCUUCCACUCAUGAUGGUGGAAGAGAGAUAUCUAGAAGUCACUCUGCUGAUGAGCCUAACUUUUUACAAAAUGAGAUGGGAUCUGCAAGUCCUGAGGAACUGCGUCAACAAGCUUUGGAUGAGAAAAAGAAGUACAAAAUUCUGAAAGGAGAAGGGAAACCUGAGGAUGCUUUAAAAGCCUUUAAGAGAGGUAAGGAACUUGAGAGGCAGGCUGAGGCUAUGGAGAUAUUGAUAAGAAAAAGGCGUAGGAAAGUUACUCCUUCUGAUAACAUGACUGAAAUCCAGGAUAAAGAGGGUAGCAUUAAAGGUUCUGGCAGAAACCGUAAGCCACUUCCUCAGUUGAGUAAUAAGAAGGAUGAUUUCACAGCUGAACUCAGGGAACUGGGAUGGUCUGAUAUGGAUAUCCGUGAUCAAGAUAAGAAACCGGGAAGUACAAGUUUGGAGGAUGAAAAGUAUUCACUUGCUGGGGAUAUCUCUCAAAGUAAUAAUAAGAAAAGGGGACCUCCUGGCAUUGACAAGACCCAGGUCAUCGAGCAUAAGAAAAAGGCUCUUGCUUUGAAACGUGAAGGAAAACUUGUAGAAGCCAAGGAAGAGCUAAAGAAAGCUAAAGUUUUAGAAAAGCAGCUUGAAGAGCAGGAACUCCUUGCCGAAGCUGAAGAUUCUGAUGAUGAGAUAUCUGCAUUAAUUCGUAGUAUGGACGAUGAUGAAAAAAGUGAAUUGUCUAAUCCGCUUAUACAGGAGCAACACUUUGAUAUUGAUCAUUUUAUGGGAGCCACUGAUGACAUUGGUCUUGAGAGUAAUUUUGAGGUGACAGAUGAGGAUACAGAGGACCCAGAAAUAGCUGCUGAUUUGAAAUCAUUAGGUUGGACAGAUGAUUCUGAUAAUUUAGAAAACGUUGCAAUCCAGUCGGUUGCUGUCAACCGGGAAACACUAUUAAGUGAAAUUCUAUCCCUGAAAAGGGAAGCGCUUAGUAAAAAACGGGCAGGUAAUGUGGCAGAGGCAAUGUUGCAUCUAAAGAAGGCUAAGUUACUUGAAAGGGACUUGGAAAACCUUGAACCUCAGACUGACAAUGUAAUGGCUGGCAAUUCUUCAACAAUUCAGAAAUCUUCAAGCACUCAAACUGCUGAUAAAAUGUCAAUGCCACCUCUGUUGGAUGAUGGAAAUAUUAGAGGUGUAGAUUUUAAAUCCGCCGCAAAGAGUAGAGUGACAAUUCAGAAAGAGCUCCUAAAUUUGAAAAAGAAGGCUCUUACUUUGAGAAGGGAGGGACGAUUUGAUGAGGCAGAAGAGGAACUGAACAAGGGUAAGGUUCUUGAGCAUCAGCUUGAAGAGAUGGAUACUGCUUCUAAAAUGAAGGUUGUCCAAAUGACAGUUGAUCAUAAGGGUCGGGGUUCAGCAUAUGAGCAUUCUGUGAUUUCACAAGAUCUGCCUGUUAGUGAAGAUGGGGAAGAUAUCACAGAUCAAGACAUGCAUGAUCCAACAUACCUUUCUCUUCUGAAAAGCUUAGGUUGGAAUGACGGUCCUAAUGAGCCUAUUGGCUCUACACUUGAAGCCUCUAUGCAAAAUGAUAGGCUUUCUCGGAAAACCAGCAAGACUUCUUCUAGCAUUGCUUCUGGGGCAUCUAAAAGAACUAAAGCUGAAAUCCAGAGGGAACUCUUAGGCCUGAGAAGGAAGGCUCUAGCGUUGAGACGUGAAGGAAAAGCUGAUGAGGCGGAGGAAAUGCUUAUAAUGUCAAAAGCAUUAGAGGAGGAGAUGGCAGAAAUGAAUGAACAAAAGGAAGUUGAAUCAUAUAGGCCUGGUAGCAAAAUAGAAGAACCACCUUUUGGCACUGCGAUUGAGGAAAUAGAAGAAGAAGAUGUUACAGAAACAGAUUUUAAGGACCCUGCAAUGCUCACCAUGCUAAAGAAUUUAGGGUGGAAGGAUGAAGAGUUUGAACCUCUAACUAGGAAGGGGAAGCCUUCUGAAGAAGUCGCUGGUGGUAGUUCUAGCAAUUUUACUGAUUCAUUUAUAAACCAAUCUUAUUCCAGUAAUUCAAUGGUGAAACGAAGAAGUAAAGGAGAGAUCCAAAGAGAACUCUUGGCUUUGAAGAGAAAGGCUCUUGCCCAUAGACGUAAAGGAGAAAUUGAAGAGGCUGAGGAAUGUUUGAAAAUGGGAAAAGUACUGGAGGCUCAAAUGAAUGAACUGGUGGCCCCAAAAGGGGAGCUUCAGCUUGAUUCAUCUGAGGAAAAUAAAUCUUUAAGUUUUAAAUCAUUGACUAUCCUUGAAAGCCGUGAUAAUAUGAAGGAUGACGAAGAAGUACACAAAGAAUCAGCUAAAGGUUCAAUCAACCUGAAUGACAGAGGCACUCAGUCGUCAACAGAGUUGGGAAUAGCAGAUAGUGAUGCUGUUGAUCCUCUUCUAAGGAAUUCUAAUGAUCUAAUUCCUUUAGUUUCUUCAGGUGGUGAAGAUAUCUAUCCAUUAACUGGAGAAUUGGGACAUUUUGGAGAAAUGGGCCAUCCGAGAAAUGUGGUAGCGGCUGAAGGCAGUGGUCUCAUCCAUCCACCAGUCCAGUCUGCAAAUUUAAUGGAUUUGCUGACUGGUGAUGACUGGAAAAAUUCUCAAAUACCAGCUACAAAACUUGAAAGUAGAGGGAAUAUUGUUUCCAACAUUUCCUCUGUUCCUACUGAGCCUACUGUUGAAGUGGGAUCCAUGAGAAGUAUUAAUGCAGAUACAGGCAGCAAAGGUGAUGUUACUACUGGAAAAAGAGAAGUAAUGGUUUAUGAAGAAGAUAAGCCGCUUGUGAAUGAAGCGAAAUCAGUGCAGGGGCACACUUCUCAAAACCACCAAAAUGCCCUUCGGCAGACAAUUUUGUCCCAUAAGAAGGCGGCAGUUGCUUUAAAGAGGGAAGGAAAAUUGACGGAAGCACUAGAAGAACUCAAGCAGGCAAAACUCCUGGAGAAGAGUUCCGAGCUAGAUAACCCCGAGAAAAAAACUGAUUUGCAUGAUAUGCCAGCUUCUACGUCCAAUGCACCUUUGGCUGGACGGACAGGGGAUGGCACAUUAAACUUGGCUCCAAAACCAGCAGCUGGGCGUGAUCGUUUCAAAUUGCAACAAGAGUCUCUCAGCCAUAAACGGCAGGCUCUUAAGCUGCGAAGGGAAGGUAGGAUACAGGAAGCGGAGGCCGAAUUUGAGUUAGCCAAGGCUCUUGAGGCACAAUUAGAGGAGUCGGCUGCUCAUGAACCAAGUAAGCCUUCUGCCAGUGGAGCAGGACUUGUGGACGAUGUCGUUAUUGAAGAUUUUCUUGAUCCUCAACUGUUGUCAGCCCUAAAAGGACUUGGACUGGAAGAUCCCAAUACGGUACCACAAGCCCCAGCUAGGCUACAGCGUGUGAAGGAUAGACCAGAGCCUGUAAAACCAAGUGUUGGCAAGAAUGAAAACCAUAGCCAAGAGAGAAUUCAACUGGAAGAGCAGAUCAAGGCAGAGAAGUUAAAAGCAUUAAACUUGAAGCGCUCAGGGAAGCAAUCUGAGGCUUUGGACGCAUUUCGCCGUGCCAAGUUGCUUGAAAGGAAACUGAAUUUGUUGGCAUCAAAUUAAAAUGACAGAUAUCCUGUUUUACUACUGAACAAUAUUUCAUUGCGCAGUGUCACUUCACUUAAAAAGCUAGAGGUUCAUAGGGAAUCCUCUUUACAGCAACAGGCGUUUUCACUAUUUACAUUAUGGAUUAUUCAAUUGAAAUUUGUGAGUUGUUUACAAACAAUAAAUAUAUGUACUUUGCAGUUCUUGUUAUGAUGGUAUUUUCUUCAGAAAGAUGUAUGGUCCAAAAUGUACACUAUCUUUAAUUUAUGAAACCAUAUUGUAACUAUAUUUAUAUUUAUCUGAGUGUGACCAUCUUUUCAUGC